AUGAAUGGAGUUUUUGCAGUAAACAAGCCAUCUGGCAGGUCGUCUGCCAAUCUCAUCUCUGAGUUGCAAGAACUUUUUACCAAAUCCGAGGUGUUUGCAGACGAUUUAAAAGCUAUGAAGGAUAAGAUGGCAUACGAUUUGGGCCAAGAUAAGAAAUGGAAAAACAAAUGGAAGAAGAAAGUCGAUGCUGCCAAGGUCAAGAUUGGACAUGGUGGAACUUUAGAUCCUUUGGCUAGUGGUGUUCUUGUUGUUGGCGUGGGUUUGGGAACCAAAAAAUUACAAUACUACUUAGCCGAAUGUCAAAAGACCUAUGAGACUAAAGCAUUGUUGGGCAUUUCUACUACGACUGGUGACUCUGAAGGUGAGAUUAUUACUCAAAACGAAAUUGACUUUGUUACGCCUGAGAUUGUGAAGCUGGCGGCAGAAAAGUUUGUUGGAGACAUUAAGCAAACACCGCCGAUUUUUUCAGCACUAAAAGUAAAUGGGAAACCAUUGUACGAAUAUGCUAGACAAGGUUUGCCACUACCAAAGGAAAUCAAAGUGAGAGAUGUGAAAGUGAAUAGUAUUGAAGUAAUUGAAAAAGAUUUGCUCACUAGAGAUCACGAAUUUAAGAAGCUAGAAAGCAAACUCGACGAGAACGGCGUGCCUCUUGAACAUGCAUUGAAAAAUAACCCAACACUUAAUGAUUCCGCCUUAUACUUUUCAACUCAAUAUAAAGAGAACAACAAGUUGGACACAGACGAACAUAUCAAGCCAAGACUUCUUCCCGAUGGUGAAGAGUUGCCGGAGAAAUUACCAUUGAUCCAUUUUGUCUCGGAUGUUUCUUCGGGAACUUAUAUACGAAGCCUAAUUAGUGACAUUGGACGAGCGAUGGGGUCCUCUGCAUAUAUGGUUGAAUUGAUUCGAUGCAAACAGUCGGAGUGGGAGUUGGGUAAAAAUGUGUUUAAUAUGGAAGACUUUGAAAAGAGUGAAAAAAUAUGGGGUCCUGUAUUGAGAAAAGUAUUGGAGAAUGGUGGUGAGAAUAUCGAUAUUGCUAAAGAGAUGGCUCAAUCUGAAGCAAGUCAUGUAGAGACCGCUGAUCAAAAAGAAGCUGCUGAUAAAAAAGAGACAGCUGAUCAAGAAGAAGACUCUGAGCAAGUUUCUGCAAAGAAAAGAACAAUUGAUGAAGUGGAACAAUGA